AGCAAAUGAAACUGUUGUUUAUUGUUUUGUUUUAUUUUGUUGGUUGUUGCGUGAGAAAUCAGUGAAAUUAUCGUUUGUGAUCUCUAAAUUGUUUAUGUGAUCUACCUCAGAAAUAUAUAAGUUUAAGUGAUAAUAUCUGUAUCAUAAUAGAACUCUUUUUUUUUUUACUUCAAAUAAGAAUAAUUUGUUCAUUAGUCAUAUGUCAUCAUAACCAUAAAAAAUGAAUGAUGAUAUCAGGAAAACUAGUGCUGAGCCACCUGCUGAAUUAGAAAAUCAAUUUAUUUUACGACUACCCCCCACACCAGCAGCAGCUUUAAAAGCUGCUGUAAAAUCAGGUGUUUCAAAUUUAGAAGAUAGACUAGCCAUUCAACUAGAAGCAGAUAUGAGACACGCAACAGUUCGUUUUGAUAAAUAUAAAAUGCCUGCUAAACUAUACGACUUGCCAGCCAUUAUAGAAUCAUGUAAAACUUUAGAUAAGAAGAUAUUUUAUAAGACAGCUGAUAUUUGUCAAAUAAUGAUCGCGCAAGAAGAAGAUGCUCCUAAAAGUGACGAAGAAGUAUCGCCUAAGAAAAAAGACAAAGAUGCCAAAGACAAAAGAUACAUGCUUCCGCACGGUCUCACGCCCCCUUUAAAAAACGUUCGUAAACGCAGAUUUCGAAAAACUUUAAAAAAGAAAUACGUCGAUCUACCUGACGUAGAAAAAGAAGUAAAACGUCUUCUACGUACUGAUACUGAAGCUAUUAGUGUCAGGUACGAAGUAGUAAACGCUGAAGAUGAGAAAGCUGAAAAUAAAAAUAAUGAAUCAUUCGGAGGUGAUAGUGUUCUGUCAUUGGAGGAAAGAGAGCUUAGUAAUUCUCAGGCAGCUGAUGUAGCUGAGUAUGAUUUAUUCGGUGAGGUGCUCAGCAGCUCUGAUGAAAGUAAUGAUGAAGAUGAUGUUAAUGUUGUCGAUGAAGGAGCUGUAAGAACACUUGAAAGCAUAAUAGAAGAAAAUGAUAAAGAUGAUGAAGAAAGUAGGAAUGAGAUGGACAUGGUGGAUCUUUCGAAGAGUAUGCGAAUAAGCCCAUCAGUCUUAGAACGAUAUCAAGAACCUGAUUAUGGACAUGAAAAUGACAGUAGUAUAGCUGUAUCGCAACUAGAAUCAGCUACAGCUGGGGAAAACUUGGGACAACUGUUGAAAGAGCAGAAAACUGAAGAAGAACGCAUGAUUCUAACGGAAAAACUUCACGAGCUUGAACGCAUUAUUGCUAAUUUGCAUGCUAAAAGAAGGGAGCAAGAGCUUGAAAUUAUGAGUAUUGAAAAUCAAGCUUUGAAACAAAGAUUUCAAUCAAGUAUUGAUCGUCUUCAGCAAGAUGAAGAUGAAAAGCAAGCAGAAUAUGAUAAUAUACUUAUUAUGUUGCAAGAACAGAAUUAUACUGACUAGUGAUUAAAUUAUGAAAGCAUUGAUUACUUAUAUAUUAUCCUAUUGCUUAUAGUGGAAACCUUACUUAACUGCUUAUGAGCUGAUAUUAUAUAUUCUAAUAUAAACAUAUUUUCACUGCAUAUUAAAAUUUUUGACUCAAGAAGUGCCUAAAAAUAAAUUAUGUUCUGAUUUAUAUGGAAAUGACAAGUUAUGUAAUUAGAUUUUUUUUCCAGUUGUCAUUAAAAUUAAACAAAAAUGCUGC